AGAGACGCACCGCUGCUCUCCUUCUCGGCUGUUUAGUGCGUUGAGCGGCGGAGGGAAGUAGAGUUGGCGCGUCUGGUUAGUGCUUCUGUGGACCAAACAGCAGCAGCAGCGGCCGCAGCGGUGCGCUUUCCCUCCUCCAGAUCCUCCAGAGCCGCGGGCAUCCCGGAGAGCAGGCACGCCGUGCACGCCUCGGACACCAGCAGGAGGAUACUGCUUUCUCCUUCUUCUUCUUCCUCUUCUUCUUCAUUAUUAUUAUUUUAACUGAUUGAGACAUACAUUUUUUUCCCCUUUCCCUGAUGGUAACCUACACUGAGCAGCCGGAGACAUGUGGAAUAAUCUGGGGAAACUGCACCGCUUCUCACUAGUGUGUCUUCUCCUGACGCUGGGGGCCGAGGUGUCUCAUUCUACGGGCUACUUCGAGCUGCAGUUGAUUUCGGUGGAAAACCCCAACGGUCAGCUCCUGAACGGCGACUGCUGCGACGCAGAGAAGAGCGCAGCGGAGGGCCACUGUGGCGCGGACGAGUGCGACACCUACUUCAGAGUGUGUUUAAAGGAAUACCAAACGGAGGUCACGACCAACGGACAGUGCACCUACGGCUCGGAAACUACUAAGGUUAUCGGUGGGAAUACUUUUCAGUUCAAGGGUGGACAGAAAACCGGACAGAACCGGAACAAUGACGCCGGGAAGAUCCUUAUUCCCUUCCAGUUCGCGUGGCCGCGAGCGUACACUGUGAUAGUGGAGGCGUGGGACAGGGACAACGGCACACACAGCAAUGAUGAUGAGCUGCUGAUUGAGCGCAGCAUCCACAAAGGGAUGAUCAACCCCGGGGAGGAGAAGCAGCCAGUGGAGUAUAAAAGCUCGACCGCCAGCCUGGAGUACACCAUCCGAGUGCGCUGCGACGAAAACUACUACGGCAGCAAGUGCAACAAAGUGUGUCGUCCCCGCGACGACUACUUCGGCCAUUACGUGUGCGACCAGCUGGGGAACAGAGGCUGCAUGGAGGGCUGGACCGGACCCGACUGCAAAUCAGCCAUCUGCAAACAAGGAUGCAGCCUGCAGCAUGGAACGUGCAGCGUGCCGGGGGAGUGCAAGUGUAACUACGGCUGGCAGGGCCCGCUCUGUGACGAGUGCCUGCCGUAUCCGGGCUGUGUUCACGGUACCUGCAACGAGCCCUGGCAGUGCACCUGUGAGAAGAACUGGGGCGGUCUGCUCUGUGACAAAGAUCUGAACUACUGUGGGACCAACCGACCCUGUAAGAACGGAGGCACGUGUAUGAACACAGAGCCAGACGAGUAUAACUGCGCCUGUCCAGACGGCUACUCUGGCAAGAACUGCGAGAUCGCCGAGCACGCCUGUGUUUCCAACCCUUGUGCCAGCGGGGGAACGUGCCAUGAAGUCCCAUCGGGCUUUGAGUGUCACUGUCCGGCAGGCUGGUCCGGGCCGACCUGUGCUAAAGACACAGAUGAGUGUGCCUCCAGCCCCUGUGCUCAGGGCGGAACCUGCAUGGACAUGGAGAACGGCUUCGAAUGUCUCUGCCCUCCACAGUGGACAGGCAAGACCUGCCAGAUAGACGUUAAUGAGUGUGCGGGGAAGCCUUGCCUCAAUGCUUACUCUUGCAAAAACUUGAUUGGUGGAUAUCACUGUGCCUGCUUUCGUGGAUGGGUUGGCCAGAACUGUGACACCAACAUGAACAGCUGCCAUGGUCAGUGUCAGAACGGAGGGACCUGCAAGGAGGUGGCCAGAGGCUACCAGUGUGUUUGCCAGGCGGGGUUCGUGGGUCGCCACUGCGAGGUUCAGAGAAACCGCUGUGCCAGCAGUCCGUGUAGGAACGGUGGGCGCUGCCAUGCCCUGCUGGAGGGGUUCAUGUGUGAAUGCCCGCAGGGCUUCGCUGGUACAACCUGUGAGGUGCAGAAUGACCCGUGCAGCCCGAACCCAUGUCAAAAUAAGGCCCAGUGCCACAGCCUGAUGGGAGACUUCUACUGCAGCUGCCCGGAUGAUUACGAGGGCAAAACGUGUUCGGAGCUCAAGGACCACUGCAAGACCAACCAUUGUCAAGUGAUUGACAGUUGCACGGUAGCCGUGGCUACCAACGACACGCAAAAGCGCGUGUGGCACAUCUCAUCCAAUGUGUGCGGUCCCCACGGCCGCUGCAUCAGCCUGCCUGCCGGGAACUUCAGCUGCUCCUGUGAGCCGGGAUUCACUGGCACCUACUGCCACGAGAACAUUAACGACUGUGCGCCAUCUCCCUGUAAGAACGGAGGUACUUGCAUUGAUGGGAUCAACUCCUUCCAGUGUUUCUGCCCAGACGGCUGGGAGGGCAGUCUGUGUGAUGUUGAUGUGAACGAGUGCAACAGGAACUCCUGUCAGAAUGGAGGCCAAUGUGUCGAUCUGCUGAACGACUUCUACUGCAACUGUGUGGACAACUGGAAAGGAAAGACCUGCCACUCGCGUGAGAGCCAGUGCGACUCCACUACCUGCAGCAAUGGCGGGACAUGUUACGACCAUGGAGACUCCUUCCUGUGUAGCUGCCCCUCAGGCUGGGGGGGCAGCACCUGCAACACAGCCAAGAACAGCACGUGCGACUCGGGUCCGUGUGAGAACGGAGGGACAUGUGUCGGAGUGGGAGACGCCUUCAACUGUAUCUGCAAGGACGGCUGGGAGGGAGCCACCUGCGCACAGAAUGUUGACGACUGCAACCCACAUCCCUGCUACAAUGGCGGCGUCUGCGUCGACGGCGUGAACUGGUUCCGCUGCGAGUGCGCCCCGGGGUUCGCCGGACCGGACUGCCGCAUCAACAUAGAUGAGUGCCAGUCGUCUCCUUGUGCCGAAGGUUCCACCUGCGUGGAUGAAAUCAAUGGCUACCGCUGUGUUUGUCCCCCGGGACACGCUGGAGCUCGCUGUCAGGAGUUCAUCGGCCUCGGGAAGUCGUGUCGUCACGCUGGCUUGCAGUUUCCUCACGGCAGCCGCUGGGAGGAGGAGUGCAACGCCUGCCAGUGUGUCAACGGAUACGUCGGCUGCUCCAAGGUGAGGUGUGGCCGCCGGCCCUGCCUCCUUCCGAAGGUUCCGCCCCCUCCAGACGCCGAUGCCCCGCCCUGCCCCGCCGGCCACGAGUGUGUGGAGCAUCAGUUCCUCACCUGCUUCUCGCCGCCCUGCCACCAGUGGGGCGUGUGUUCAACGCCCGACCCCCCAACUCCCCUGCACACCCAGUGCGAGCCCAACAGUGGUUACCUUGACAACAGCUGUGCUCGCAUCACGCUCAUCUUCAAAAAGGACAAAGUGCCGCAGGGCACCAUUGUAGAGAAGAUCUGCUCCGAGCUGCGGUACCUCCCUGUCACUCGGACGCUGGCGGAGGAGCGAGCGCUGCUCAUCCUCUGUGACCAGUCCUACUCCAACAGCGACGCAGUGGAGGUUGCCAUGUCCUUUGAGCAGGACGGGCGAUCGAAGGACAGUGAUCGGGACCGCGGUCAGAUCCAGAAGGCCGCCAGCGCCGUCAUUGGUGCCCUGUCCAAACGCCACAACAGCAGCAUCAUGCUGGCCGUGGUGGAGAUCAAAGUGGAGAUGCCGGUUGAGCCGCCGCCUGUUGGUUACCUGGUCCCGGUGCUGUGCGUGGUCUUCAGCCUCCUGUGGAUCUUCUGCAUCGUCGUCUGCGUCUGGUGGACGCGCAAGCGGAAGAAAGAGCGCGAGAGAGCGGCCCGCUCCGAGGACACCACGGUCAACAACCAGCUGGAGCCGCUGCGGAACAACCGCGGCAAAGACAUUCAGUACGAAUGCAAGAAGCUGAUGGGCCCGUCGGACCGGGCGUGUGACGGGGCCGAGGGCGAGGAGGUAGGGGAGCCGGACGGCGAGCCGGAGGAAGACGAGGAGAGGGCGCUGGGCAUGGGGGACAAGUGUCCGCCGCAGAAGUGCGCCGUAGCAGCGCCGCAGGACAGGGGGGAGAUGGGUAAGGGAGGGGUCAUCUGCACGUCCCGCAGCGGUCCGGUCAAGGCGCCGCACCGGACGGCGUACAGCCCCAAAGACAACCGGUGUAAAAACCUGAACGCCGCCAAGCUCAGCGAGGACAUUAAAGACCACUACGUAUGAACUCGCGAGAGGGACGAGGGACCUUUUUCUGAAUCAAAGAGGAAAAAAAACUGCGAUGUCUUCAACAUCACUGAAUUUUCAACUCUUAAAAAAAAGCACCAAAAGUGAAGAUUAAAGAUGCUUUAAUUUUC